UGCGCACAUCGCAUUCGCAGCCGCGGCAGUCCUGUUCGCUCCGUUCCCGCGCGCCAUGAAGUCCUUGCUGGUGGUGUGCGCAUGCGCCGUGGCGGCGCUGGCGCAGCGGCAGUCCACGGAGGCGUACCCCGAGGAGGCGGAGUUCGCGCGCGCGCAGCCGCUACAGCUGCAGCCACAGCUGCAGCCGCUGCAGCUGCAGCAGAGGCAGGGCAAGGCGGAGGCGCGCCCCACGCCCGUGCCCUUCAUCCCCAUCAUCAGGUUCGACAAGGAGCAGUCCGCCGACGGCAGCUACAAGACCAGCUACGAGACGGGCAACAACAUCGUGGCGGAGGAGACGGGCUUCCUGAAGAACGUGGGCGUGAAGGACCAGGAGGCGCUGGUGCAGCACGGCAGCUACUCCUACACCUCGCCCGAGGGUGACGUCAUCACCGUCACCUACACGGCCGACGAGCAGGGCUUCCGCGCCGAGGGCCUGCACCUGCCCACGCCGCCUCCCGUGCCGCAGGAGAUACAGCGCUCGCUGGACCUCAUCUACGCCCAGAUCGAGCAGGACAAGCAACGCAAUGCUCAAGAACAGAAACUUCAACCCCUGCAGCCAACAGAAAACGAAAACAUCCCAGUGAGUGACAAUUACCCAAGAAGAUUCAGGCAAUAGCCAAAUUCUUCAGUUCCUUGUGAUUUUUACACCUCGUUCAUUACGAAGCAUGAACAUUGACAUUUGCUUCAAAACAAUCAUUCUUGUGCUGUGUAGUGAAGUCCUUAGUUUUUGAAAUUUAUAAAAUACGUUUUGCAAUCGACUUUUCGAAUGCACAUUUUUUUAAGGCUUUUGUAUUAAAGUUACUUAAAAUUAUUCUCAGGUUAAAUGUUUUCUUUAUUUUGAGCUAUAAUUAACUGUGUUUCCUGUGGACGAAAGAAGACCAAACUGUAGUAAAAUGUCACAAGAAAAACUUUCUAUUACUAAGAUUAGAUUAGUAAAACUACCCUUCUCAAGUAAAAAAAAUCGCAACAUGUAAAAAAUAAUGUAGGUAUUGAAUUAUGGCAGGAAUGAAGUGUAAUAUUGUAUUCAUAAAUAGAUGCUUCGUUAACCCUUGGCUGAUUUAACUGGGAAAACGUGUGACAGAAAAAAACUCAAAAAGCAUUGAUCACAGAAUUAUAAAAAACUAAACGUAAAAAUAUAUAAUAAUAUUAACAUGACGCCAACUAGUGUGUUGCAGUUCCCACAUGGAUGAGUAAAAUCAACUGAAGAUUAACACUUAUUGUGAUAUCAAUAACAGGGCAUUACAACCAGUUAACACGGUGUACACUUUAUAAGAAUCUCGGGUCGAUUCCCGGCCACUAACGGGAAAGCUUCCUAACCAGGUCCAGGACUAGGAGAAGUGAUGUAGCUUCUCCGCUACCGCGCUGCGGACAUCAAAGGCGAACCAUCGUUAAAUGACCUCCAACCUGCAGCCCUCUACCGACCAGAUCACAGGCCGACCAUCUGUACCAGCGAUCUACGCACCUAUUUUGUAGUCUUCUUCAAGGCCCGACACCACCGCAAAUUUGGGUGGCUACGUUCUCACGUAGGCAGUCCAAGACAAACUCAUACGGAUAUACCACUUAAAAACAUUUUUUUUUUAAAUUUCUUUGGUGAAAUUUGUUUUUCCAAAUACAUGCUACACAUUAUCUGCUAUUAGUAAAAAAUCAGACAGGUAUUCAUGAAAAAAAACAAAUAAAAGAAAAAUAAAUCAAAGACUCAAAGUUUUGAUAUAUUUUUUGAUAGAAAUGUAAAAAUAGCAAGAAACUACAAAUCAAACAUAGCGGUUGAAGCCCAGUCUUAAGGGGGAGCUCAAUAACUAUUUUUUGAAGCCUAAUGUAAUUGUUGAUAGGUAUAUAAGUACAACAGAAAACAAAAAAAAA